AUGGGCGACAGAGGAGGAGAUACUGAGGCUGAGCUGGUCAGAGAAAAGCGGGCUUCUGGGGACGUCGGGCUGCUGUUUUCGUCCACACACGGCUGUGGCGAAGCCCAAAAGCUGAUAGGCAAGGGGGAGAAGCAACAACAGAAGCAAGACGCAACGGGACGGGUGGGGAAAGAAACCGAAGGAGAGGGCAAAGCGAAGAAGACGAGCACGACGCAAACGCGGCGAGGAUCAAGAAUGAAUAGAGAUGGUGGAGGGUUAUUUUUAGGCGGGGAUUUUGGUAGGGUUGCUGGUGACACGGGGGUCGAGGAAAGUCGAACCUUAAUUUUGGGGGACCACCAGACGGCGUCGUCGCACGAGGACGAGACAGCUCCGGAACGAGACAGCCUUGGAAAGUCCUACGAGCGAUGGGAUUGGAUGCGAGGUAGGUUGGACAGCGCGUCGGUAGGGAGAGAAAGACGAGGGCACACUGUCACUCGUCGGCGCCGAGAUACGUAUCGACGCGGUCGCAUACGACGUGUACAGAAUGGCGAGCGUACGUUGCGGUUUCGACGGAACGACAAAAAGGGACGUGACGGGUUCGUCGUUCGGGGUUGGAGAAGGCCAGCGGGCCAAAAACAAAGCCCCUUUAGCUCGGCAGAAAGUAGCGGCGUGGCUCGUUUUCGCGGUAGCCGGGCGUUAGUCGAGUCCCUUAUUGUUGGCAGUUGGGUUGGCGUGGUGAAUCGUUGGCGCGAAGAGACGUUGGAAUGGGCGGUGCGGACGACCGUUGAAAAUAGUAGGAAACGCAACGAAACCGACAAAAAACGUCGAUGCAGCGACAAACGACGUCGUGGGCCUGCAAUCCGUCUACAGGGCAUGGGCAGGGCAAGAGCGAGCGGGAAAGAAGGGGGGAAGGAGGGGAGACAAGAGAGGAAACAGAGAAAGGGAAGGCGCGAGGCACCCCCAGUGGAGCAAGCCACAGGACUCCAGCAGAAACGACACAAGACGCCCCAGGGGAAGAGACAACGCGAGAUGAAGGGCGGAGAACAGGGGCCAGGGGACCAGGACAAGCGCGAGCACCCAAAAGCGCACUGUAGCAGGCUGGCAUAA